CUAUCUCAGUGUCGUCCACAAACAUAGCCCUAUAGCAUCUCCUCAUACUAAGAUCCUCGUUUAAAAUCUGAAAGCAUCUGUGUGUGCAGACAUUACGACUUGGCCGGAGCGACAGCAAGAUCGAGAAACCAUCAUUCAACAGAUUGACCCCUUCAUCACUUCAUCUCCCGCCAUGUCAUCCGGACUAUAUCAUCCCAUCUCUUCUUCCCUCUCCUCACCCUCUCACUCUCGGCGCUCAUCUCUACACUCCCUCCGACAACCUUCGAUCUCGGCCUUUCCCUUUCUUUCUCGACGAACGGCCCCCCAGAUGCCCAACCCGGCAGAAAUGGACGCCGCCUUUGACGGACCGGAUGAUGAAGAAGGUCAAGAAUCGCAUACCCUCUUGCCGCAGAACGGACCCAUGCCGGGCGAUUAUGAUUUUGAGCGUGAUUAUACUCUACCGCCUCCAUCCCCUCCUCCUUUCGAAGAGUAUUCUGCGCAGAAUCCCGCUCCAGGAAACACCAACGGUAUCGUCUCCACUGGCCCCAUAGUCCGACCGAAUCCACAACACCACCGUCAUUUCCUUGGAGGUAUCCUACCCACAUCCAUUCUCCCUCGUCAGGCUUCUCCUACUCCUGGUUCAAGAGUCUUGGGUGGUGGUCAGAGCGGUGUGUUCAGCAACCUUUCAGCCAGACCAAAUCUCGACAACGCUGCUGUUCGUGAGGGUCCCGAGUGGGUGCCAGAGAAUGAACAGAAGGAUGGGCCUCCUUCAUAUCAGGCCGCUCUCAGGGAUGCUGUUCCUCCUUACUGGGAUACAACGGUCGUCCUUCCAUCGAACAAUUCACCUUUCGGCCCCUUGACCAGCUCCAUGUCGGGAGAUGAUAUUCUUAUCGAUGGUAUGCCCUCGGGUAAUCUCUUUGGCUUUUUCUGGAACCUCAUAGUCUCUGUCUCCUUUCAAUUCGUCGGUUUCCUCCUCACAUACGUUCUGCAUACCACACACGCCGCCAAGUACGGUUCUCGUGUUGGACUGGGUAUCACAUUGAUACAAUUUGGUCUCAAUCUUCGAACUAAAGCUAUGGACCUUAUAAACUCUGGCAAAUUUCCAUACGACCCCUCUGAUCCCGCCCCUCCAUCGGGAGCCAGCGAAGACGAGAUCGCUGCGGAACAGGCCAUCAACGCCUUCUGGGGUCCAGGUAGUCCUUGGCCGGCCACAUUGCGUGAUCCUGACGGCCCACCCGACGCCCCGCCAAUCAUCCUGCAUGACGCACACGAAGCGGAACUCUGGGCUCAAGCUCACAAUCGGAGUUUGACCGAUAUGCUGGGACUUCCGAGCGCAACCGACGUCGGACGUGCCAACGAAUGGUUCAGUUUCAUGCUCAUGAGUAUCGGAUGGUUCUUGGUCCUCACGAGCUUGGGAGGAUGGUGGAGAGUGAAACGAUUUGAGAGAGGUUUGCGACAGGCGCAGAGGGAAUCGGAAGCGGCUCAGGCGGCGGCGAACCGAGACGAGGACGAGCCGAUCAGUACCAGAAUUGAGAAUGAGGCGAUGGAGAGGAGUCAAGACUUACCUGGGCCGAGGUCAUUGUCAUAUUACACGGCGGCAUUCCGAGAAGCAUGGGAUGGGGCGAGAGAUAUACAUAGAGGGUUCUUGGGACAUUACGGUCGGCGAGGCCGAGGUGAAGGACAUGCCCCUGUGUCGCAGAAUGACGAUGGGGAUCAUGAGUUGCUCGAAGCGCAGGGCUUCGGGCUGGAACCGAUGGCAAAUGAGGAGGGAAGACCUCGGAGUCGUGGGUUAUGGGGUUUCUGA